GUGGAUCAAGCGCAAUUCGCUAUAUGGUCGUAUUUGACCUGGUGGGGUCCAUCCGAAGACCAUUUGUAACCCAGCGUGGGUUGUGCAUGUGUGUUUUAGUGGAUAUUGCUUUCUCUCGAUUGAGGGUUGUUUCAUAUGCACUGUGGGCAUCAGCAGGUUCUUUUGUACAUUUAUCGGCACAUGAGACCUCAGCGUGAUGCAUAUCCGUCGUGCGUGAGUUAGCGAUGUGCCCUUUUUGUGAGUUUUCGUUGUGGAAAUUGUGCUGAAAAACAGAAACAAUGUUUCCUAAAAGGGGAUUGAGCAAGAAAGAGUAUGAUGAAAAGAAGAAGAAACAUGAGCAGGAGAAAGAAGCUGCCAAGGCUUUUGAGGAAUUUGUGCAGACCUUCGAUGAAGAGCCAGCGGCGUCUAAGGGAAAGGUGUGGGUGAAAGCUGGAACAUUCAAUGCAGGCACCAGAGAGGAAACCACCAAGGAAAAAGGCCAGCUGUACAAGCCCAGUUCUCGGUUUGAGCCUUCUGAACGCAAACCCUCACCGGAGCCGACCAGGAGCAGAAUCGAGAGAAUCGUCAGGAAAAAAGAUGGCAAAAAGAAGAGCAAUUUGGAAUUGUUCAAGGAGGAGCUUAAAAGGAUCCAGGAGGAGCGCGAGGAGCGGCACCGGCUGAAGGAGCAGAUGAAGGAGGCCACCUCGUCGGGCCGGGUGUCCCGCUUCGACACGCCGGAGCUGCCGCCCAUCACGCCGUCGCCGCUGAGUCUCGAUGUUCCCAACCCGUAUGGCUCGUUCGACAGCGGGGAUCCGACCACCACUAACUUGUACCUGGGCAACCUCUCCCCCAAGCUGUCGGAGCAGCGGCUGAUGGAGAUAUUCGGCCGCUACGGCCCGCUGGCCAGCAUCAAGAUCAUGUGGCCCCGCAACGACGAGGAGCGGCUGCGCGGCCGCAACUGCGGCUUCGUCGCCUUCAUGACGCGUCGCGAUGCCGAGGCUGCGCUGGAGGACCUCAGCGGCAAGGACGUGGAAGGUUAUGAGAUGAAGCUGGGCUGGGGCAAGGGCGUGCCCAUCCCGCCACAGCCCAUCUACAUUCCGCCGGCGCUGAUUGAGGUCUCGAAGCCGCCGCCGCCCUCCGGGCUGCCCUUCAACGCCCAGCCGCGCAAGAAAGACAAGGAGAAGUUACCGCUGAGUGACCAGAUGCCCGAGGACCCGGCGGCCAUGGAGCAGUUCAACAAGAUGUUGCAAAGAGCCGUUGUCAAAGUUGUCAUCCCUACAGAAAGGGCCAAGCUGAUGGUCGUCCACCGCAUGGUGGAGUUCGUGGUCCGCGAGGGACCGCUCUUCGAGGCCAUGAUCAUGAACAAAGAGAUCGACAACGACAUGUACAGGUUUCUGUUUGAAAACCAGAGCGCCGAUCACAUCUACUACCGCUGGAAACUGUACAGCCUGCUGCACGGCGACUCGCCGCAGCGCUGGCGCACGGACGAGUUCCGCAUGUUCAAGGGCGGCUCCGUGUGGAAGCCGCCCCCAUGA